AUGGCCUCAACUCACCGCGUUGCCGUCAUUCAAUGGCAGAUCAAGGAGCUCGACCCUGAAUACAACCACAAGACAGCAUGCAGUUACAUCCGCGAGGCUGCAGCCCAGGGUGCUGAGCUGGCCGUUCUCCCAGAAUAUCACCUCAGCGGCAUGGUUCCAACAGACCCCCGCUGGGCUGUGCAGGCCGGGGAAACCCCCCAAUACCUGUCGAGCUACCAAGCCCUGGCCAAGGAACUGCAAGUAUGCAUCGUGCCCGGCACUGUCAUCGAAAGGCAUGCCGCGCCCAGCCAAAAGGAGAUAUUCUAUAACACAGCCUAUUUCAUCUCGAAUGAUGGCACCGUUCUCGGCUCCUACCGCAAGAAGAACAUCUGGCACCCGGAACGACCCCAUCUAACCUCCUCCGGCCCAGAGCACCAUGUGGCGAUAGACACCCCCAUCGGCCGCGUGGGAUUGCUAAUCUGCUGGGAUGUGGCAUUCCCCGAGGCAUUCCGGGAGUUGAUCGCCGAUGGAGCUCAGAUCGUUAUUGCGCCUACCUACUGGACACCGCAUGAUGGAUCCUCUGAAAUUCGUGCAUACAACCCAGACUGUGAGGGACUGUUUUUAGAGUCGACCAUCACAUCCCGCUGCUUCGAGAACACUUGUGCUGUUGUUUUCGCCAACGCGGCUGGGCCGUCUGAGGACUUCUUGGGCUUGUCGCAGAUUACACUUCCUGUUGUAGGACCAGUUGCUAAAAUGGGAACUGAGGAGGGGUUCAUCGUUGCUGACUUGGAUAUGGCGGUUGUUGAGGCCGCGGAGAGGAAUUAUAAGGUGCGAGAAGACCUGAAGAAGGAGGAUUGGCACUAUGUUUAUCGGCAUACGCAGAGGUAG